AUGAACUCGAUUCUGACAGCGCCCUUCGCGCCACUGCUCUAUCUAAGCCGUCGGUUUCGUCAAGACCCGGAGUGGUCGUAUCGACAAGCACUAGGAAACACAUUCAUUAAAGUCUUUCUACGCAUUUUCGUGGUAUUUCGCACAAAGCCACCACUUUCUCUCAAGCCAGGUCUAGACGGGGACCGCUUCGUCGUGAUAGAGCCCGGCCCACCAGAGCUCUAUACCACCAUCACAGUUGAUGACGAGAUCCAGCCAGUGGCAGUAGGAGGCACUUGGUUCCCAUCACUCUACCAAUACAACACAACAACCACCCAAGACAAGCACGUUGUACUCUAUUUCCACGGCGGCUCCUACAUCCUCGGCGACGGCCGCUCAUCAUCUUGCCAGUUCGUCGCCAACAGUUUGCUAAGCCACACACCAAUAAGCCAUGUCUUCAGCCUCCAGUACCGUCUAGCCUGCAACCCCAAUGGCCGUUUCCCAGCCCAACUCCAAGAUGCCAUUUCCGCCUACUCAUACCUACUCCACACCCUGCACAUCCCGGCAUCUCGCAUCGUUUUCAGUGGCGACAGCGCAGGUGGCCACCUCGUCCUCGCACUCCUACGUUACAUCAUGGAUUAUGACGACGAGAAAGUCCUCCCCUCGCCAACGUGCUCAUGGCUUUUCUCGCCUUGGUGCGAUAUCCCGGGCGCCCGCAUCAAGCAUCUCUGGCAAAACAUCCCCAAUGUGCGGACAGACUAUAUCCCACCCUCAUUCCCCGCGUGGGGUGCGAAGCAUCUUAUCGGUAACCUACAGAUCACUCCUGAGUUCGCGCCUUAUCUCGCACCAAUCUGGUACCCCUUUGUCCUCCCUUCGCCUGUUUUGAUUGUUUCCGGUGGUAGGGAGGUUAUGUGUCAGGAACAUGAUCGCUUGGCGAGGCACUUGAGUAAAAUGCAGCAAAACGAAGGUCGAGUGGAGUAUUUUGUGCAGGAUCUUAUGCCGCAUGAUAUCAUGAUGGUUGCUUGGAUUCUGAACUUUCGAAAAGAGGCUGAUCAGUGUGCUGUUAUGGCUGGGACCUUCUUGACGAGGAUGCAGGCUUCGGAGGAGGAUAGUACUACGGUUCCUUCUGUGGCUUAUUAG